CUUUGUGAUUUACUAUUCCUAAUUGUUUUUGCAGUUAGGCAUCUUAAUACAUGCUACACAUGCUAGUUUGUGAAACUAAUCCGAAUACAAGUGCUUGCAUAUGCAACAAGAACACCCUUAAGCGGGAUUUUGUGUUAUUAUUUUUAUUUGCCGAUUAAUACCUUUGAUGAAAAGGGAAGUUUGUCCGGAAUGUUUCAGGCGUCCGUACCUACUGCAAUCUAUUUCCGGGCGCGGGCAUCGGCCCUACUCGAUUAAGCGCCGCUCAUUUUGAUCUAAAACAUGCGCGAGCUCGGCCGCGAAGGCUCGGUAGUAGCGGCCACCAUCGCGACUUUGCACAGUCGUUCCGCAAGUGACGGCAAGCACAGAGCUUCCAAGCUCCGAGCUUCAAGCGUGCAGAGUUGCAAUAGUGGCUUACGGUCUGAAAGGGACGACUUGCGACGCGUGUCGGGGUGCAGCGAGCGGCCUCUGUCGACCGCGUCGGAGGCCUCGGAGCGCGACUCUGCAUCCGUUCAAUCUAGCGAGGAGCCGCCCCCGAACGAGAGCGGCGACUCGGAUAGCCCCGACGAAGCAACAGUGAAAUGCACGGCGUGGCCGGACGGAGCGAUACCCGCGCGCGCCAAUUCCAGCGACACCGAGUCCACCUCGUCGGCCGACGACGAUUCCGACUUACAAGAUUUCGAAGUUCGAAGCGCCGAAGCUAAUUAUCGAACGCUAACACCUAGUAGAAGGCGGCUAGACAACUCGACACGUCGAGACGAUAAUUUCAAAUGGAUGCCACCAGAAAAUAUGUCAGAUAUUGUCGAGCCGACUUCAAUGGAAUCGCGAACGGAAGAGCAUCAGGCGUCGGGUAGCUUAGAUAGGCGAAGGCGAGUUCCCGCCGACCGCAAUGACCGUGACCGUAAAACUAGAUCAUCGAUGUCCACCAAGCCGCCACAGCACCCUUCCAGCGUUCGCGCGUCCCCACGCCCGCGUCGCUCGCGCGUUGAGGAAACGCCUCCUGAGCUCCAAAGGCGAUGGAAUUCGUACGAACAUUUCCGAUGGGGCCCUAGCCCUGACGGCGGGCCCGGCGGAUGGUGGCCGCCCAUGUGCUGGUGCCACGGACCACCCGCUCCGCCGCCCUGCUGCAUGCACGACCGCUCUUGGCCCUCACACCCUUCUCUUCCUCCAGUACCGUCAAGGACGUAUAAGAAUGACGCCGAAGACCGCGUACGCCGCCUCGAGGCAGACAAGGAGAGCCUACACCUGCAAGUGCAGGUGUUGUCAGAGCAGGUGUCAGCGCAGAGUGACAAGAUGGCCGACUUAGAGCGCGCACUGCUGGACGCCCGGCAACGACUGGACGACGCCGAGCAGAGGUUGCAAAAGGAAAUGCUACAGCGUUCAUCGUUAGAGACACAGAAGUUGGAGCUACUGUCGAAGUUGAGUGAAGUCCGGUUGCAAGCGGCGGCUCGAGGCGUGCUCGAGCGGUCGCCACCGCCGCCUGACCCCACGCCCGUGGCCCGGCCAGCUCCGCCUAGGACGCCGCCGGCGAACUACGGGCGGCAGAUCGAGCGCAACACGCACGUGUACUCGUCGCUGCCGCGCGCCUCCGUGCUGGCCGCGGGCUUCGGUAAACAACACGCCAUGGUGGUGGCGCGCGGCCGCGGCCGCUCCGUGCCCAACCUAGCUGAAAAAGAGGAAGCCAUACCGCGCGGUAGCCCGUCGCCUUCUCUCCGAGACAUGCGCUCGCGGCUCGGCAGCGGCGGCGUGCGCCUCGAGGGCGACGAGCUGCGCUCCUCCCUGCGCGUCCACACGCCGAGUCGCCGCCCACCCGACACCAUGCCUUGGCAAACAACAGACGUGCGGCAAUGGGACUGCGACACAACCUGCGGCUGGCUGGAACACCUCGGGCUCGAGAGCUACGUGCCGGCGGCGCGCGCGUGGCUCGGGCCGCUGGAGCGCGGCGCGCUCGCCGCCGCCUCGCACUCCGCCAUCGAGAAGGAGCUCGCGCUCAAACACCCCAUGCACAGGAAGAAGAUCGUGCUGGCGCUUACGGAUUUGUUGGGCGGGCACGGGGACCCGCUACUGACGCUGGCGGGCGCGCUGGACACGGCGUGGACGCUGCGCUGGCUGGAGGACGUGGGCGUGUGCGGCGCGCGCGCCGCCGCCGCCGACGCCGCGCUGGACGGCCGCGCGCUGCACCGCCUCACGCACGCCGAGCUGCACGCGCACCUGCGCGUCUCGCACGCGCUGCACGCGCUCGCCGUGCGCCGGGGUAUCCAAGUGCUGCGAGACAACAAGUUCAACCCGGACACCAUGAUCCGGCGCGCGGCCGAGGGCGGCGCGCAGGAGGACAUCGCGCGCUGGUCGUCGCACCGCGUCAUGCAGUGGCUCAAGCAGAUCGACCUGGCCGAGUACGCGCCCAACCUGCGCGGCGCCGGUGUGCAUGGCGGCUUGAUGCUUCUAGAGCCCAGAUUUACGGCCGAACUGCUAGCAGCUCUACUGAACAUUCCCGCCAACAAGACUCUACUGAGGCGGCAUCUUACGCAGAGGUUCAAUGACUUGCUCGGCCGUGACGUCAUUCAGCAAAAGCGGAAUGCGGAGCAGACGCUUGGCUACCAGCCUCUAACGGCUACCACUAAGUAUAAGGUACCAAAGAAGAGCCAGUUCUCCCUGAAGCGCAAGAAGAGCAAGGACGAGCUGGAGCUGGCGGACCUGGUGUGCCCGCUGCGCGACGACGGCUCAGGUGACGCUCCCGGCGCGGCGCCCACGAUGAGAGUAAAAACAGCGGAGGGCGUCGCGUCGGCUGUCUCUCCCCCGCGUGACCCCGCGCGCGCGCACUAGCGCAUGCACGGUGCACGCACGCUGACGCUUGCACGGUGCACGCACGCUGGCGGCUGCACGGUGCACGCACGCUGGCGCCUGCACAGUGCGCACACUAGCGCGUCCAUGUGCGCCUGCAUUACGCGCGCACGCGACUACACACGUCACCGCCCUACGCUCCAGCAGCUAAUCUACUGUGGACUACUAAUAAAGCAUGCGUUCUAAUUUAUCGUGUUCUAUAAUUUUAAGAUUAAUUUUAUACGAGGGCUUCGAGGGGAGUAAUUUUGAUUGGCUAACUAUGGUGCUAAAAUUAAAAUUAUACGACACGGCGUCCGAAGCCCUCGGUGUGCGUUCGGGGUGAUAGAUUGUUAAGUGAUUAAUUUUAUUAAAAUAUUUAAUCGAGUCACGCUGCCAAAAAUCAUGUCUUGAAUUAUAUUGGUCCGUUGUAGAUAUUGAGAGGUCUAAAAGUACGGUUUAUUUAAAGAGAUAUAUUUAACUUAUGUACUUUAUAAUGUUAAUGUCGACAACGCGAACGCGUAACGGUGAACUUCGGGCCACACGAGUGGCCGCUUCUCUGACUGAGUCAAAACUGUAGACUGCCAAUAAACAUCACAAACAGGCUUCACUCAUCACACCGACCACCUAAUCGAAAAGCAAUAGACAUUCCAUUUUAUAUUCAAGUAAUGUGCUUGAAUAAUUUAUAAUGACCGGACAGAUGGCAGAGGUAUUAAGACCGAUUAUAAACCAAUAGUAACUGUUAAUUGAAGUAUCUACUUACACGUGUGUAACUUUACCAUUAGGUCCAUUAAAUUUGUUACAAGUUUUUGAUACAGUACUUAGUGCGUUUUAUUGUAACUAUAUUGUUAAGUACGAGUCUUAGCUUUUUAGAAAACGACUGAAACGCGACAAUAUAACUCGGGUCUCAUUUCUAUUGCUACAAAAACUUUUCCAUUAAGUUAUAAGCCCCACAUUCAGUGUAUAACUUUUGACGUCUAUGGUAUAUUGAGAUUAUUUAUUAAAAGGUAAUAUUAUAUCCAUGAAGGACCAUUACCCAAAUUAUAUUCUUGUAUGUAUGUACCGUCAUAACAUAACUACUUAUGACCAACGUUCCAGACAUUGUUAUUUAUUGUUUUUUUAAAGACCCUGUUUUGCUUGUCCGUAUAUUUUUUUACCAUUCAUAUUGGCAAAAAAUUGUAUCCAAUAAAUAGGGUCUGGAUAAGAACAGUCGAACAUCAUACAUUAUUACAUUAAGCAACACGUCAUAUAUGUAGGUACAGUCAAGGUAUGUAUUAAAUAUAAUAUCGGCACGGACAAAAUAUAUACACGACUAUAUUAUUAUUAUUACCCAUACAUUAAGAUAGUGUGUACAUAUUUUUAGCAUAUUGUCCGUGUCGAUAUUUAAUACCUUGGCUGUACAUACAGUUUGACCAAUAGUGUUGCCGCGGCACUGAAAUCAGUGAAUACAAGUUUCGUUUGCUAGGCACAAUUUAAAUAAAAAUGUGUUACUAAAUGGCAAGCUGUAUUUUGAAGUCUGACAAUAUGACGAGUAAAUACACGUUUGUCACGAUGUGAAACAAAUUUGAGAUACAAAAAUAUACUUACCUAAUUUACGCUUAGAACAUUACGCUACGAAACGAUAGAUACCUAUAAGUAUUUUAUUUUUAAUUGGCACAAUCCUCUCGCACAAAUAUGAAUAAGAUUCUGACUAUCAACUGGUAACUUUUUAAAUAUACCCUAUUCAUAGAUUCAUACAUUAGAAGCGCUGGUGGCCUAGCGGUAAGAGCGUGCGACUUGCAAUACGGAGGUCGCGGGUUCAAACCCCGGCUCAUACCAAUGAGUUUUUCGGAACUUAUGUACGAAAUGUCAUUUGAUAUUCACCAGUCGCUUUUCGGUGAAGGAAAACAUCGUGAGGAAACCGGACUAAUCCCAAUAAGGCCUAGUUUACCCCCUGGGUUGAAAGGUCAGAUGGCAGUCGCUUUCGUAAAAACUAGUGCCUACGUCAAUUCUCGGGAUUAGUUGCCAAGGGGAUCCCAGGCUCCCAUGAGCCGUGGCAAAUGCCGGGACAACGCGAGGAAGAAGAAGCUUAGAUUCAUACAUUAAUGAGGUUUUACACGCACAAAAAAUAGUGACGAAAUAUUGAUUAUUUUACAGAGUCCCUAAGGAUUUUUUUUCCACAAAUAACUCGGAUACAUAUGAAUAACUAUUGACAUACAACGUGUCCCUACACUAUGGACAUAGAUGAAUAAGACGUGUCGAUUAGAGUAUUUCUAACCUAGUCUCAUUCCAAACGGCACAGAACUAACGGCGAAGUUAAUGAUUUACGAUUUAAUACUUCGGAACAGCCUGUAUGUAGAUACACGGUAAUCUCGUGGCAUUUUUGAACUGUCAUAGGGACUUCACAUGUAUCGACUUCCGAUAUACAUAUAUCGAUACAAAGUAGAACACAACAUAUUAAAAAAUAUUUAAAUUAGAAAUAAACAACAGGCGAUCUUAUCGCUAAAGAGAGACUCUAAAGUUUUCUGCAAGAAAUCGCUUAGAGUAGUUGAAAAUGUGAUAUAAAGAUACGCAAUUAAAACAAUGAAAACUGAAUAGUUAACAAUGUCACAUAUUACUUCAGUUCGGCAAAUUCAUAGUCUGUUUUCGUGCUAUCAAGUGUUGCAUUCGUUUCUUUAAAAGAGUAACAGAUAGUCAUAUUUUUUCCAUAUUAUCUUGUUAAAUUAUUUUUACUUUUUAAUAUUUUGUGUUCUUAAAUUUUAUCGAUAUAUGUAUAUCAGAAGUCGAUACAUGAGAAGUCCCUAUGACAGUUAAAAAAUGCCACGAGUAUUACGGCUACAUUACGGCCUCUUUAAAGAGUACGUCAAGUCACUAGUGUCACUUAAUCUUAUCGUCAUUGUGAACGACUAAUACGGCAUGCUCCUAUUUAUUGAUGAUUUAUUUUCAUUAAUUUUACUUUUCAAAUAUAUUAUUUUGUAUGAUUAUCUAAUCAAAUAAAUUACCAUAUUAGAACAUUCUUGGGAAGGAACCCUACUCGGGAUCUCGGUCAAUGUCCAGAGAGUAGAGACACGUUGUUUAUCUUAGGACGGGCCUUACGGGCAAUAAGAAUGGGGCCAAUACAACGGCGUCACGCACUCGAAUUCGAGCAAAUCGUGCAAUCUAAUGCCACAACGCAAUUGGUGUAUGAGUUCGCAUCACGCUCGCGAUUGGUCGAUAGCAUGAUUGGCUCGAAUUAGAACUAGCACCAUUCUUAGUACCCGUAAGGCCCGUUCUUAGAUAUAUGUCAUUGUGAAUAAUUAAAAAUUUAUCAUUUUUAGCAUAGUGCGGAUAAUGCAAAAAAAUCGGCAACGCUGAAAAUACCAUUUUACUAUCUGUAACGGAUAGAUAAAAACAGUGUUUCUGUACUUACCGAUAGUAUUACAUUUAGAGAAAGCGUAUUGUAUGUUAUUAUGAAUGUAGCGUGAUCCAAGAUCCCGUUCCUACCACGUUGUGCCAAAUCUUAUAAAUAUGUACAUGCCCUUACGACCCUGUCUUCCAUGACUUUGUAAUACAAGUGUAGGUUAUUGGAAGGUGAGUUGUAUCACUGGAUAGCGACAAAACAUUUAUACAUUAUGUAUCAAAUAAAUUUUAAUAUAACUUAAAGUCAUAGAAUAUAAAAUGUAUGAUUUAAUAAACAUUGAAUGAUGA